AUGCCCGACACCACAGACAAACCGGCCAGCCCCGCGGACCACGCAUCGUCCGCGGACGUUGCGCGACGCAAGCUGCUGACCGCGCUGAAGACCACCGAUGUCACGAUCGAACGGCUAGACAAAUUGAUGUCCUCGGCCUACGGCCAGGAACGGGUCUUCGCCGUGACCGGGUACCUGUCGCACGCGCUGCACCAUCUCCUCGCCUCCGCCCCGAGCAUCGCCCUGCAAACCCGUCUGGGCCUUCUCGCCCGCCUACGCCACGCCAAAACACCAGCCGCAGCCAAACCCCCGCCAGCGACGUCCCGCCUGCUCGCCCUCUCCGCCCUCAUGUCCGAGACCCGCUACGCGCUGCGUCUGCUCGGCCUGGUGCCGCUGUGGACGUGGGGCUCGGCGACGCUGCGCAACCCGCCCAAGGACCGCGUGCUGUACGCGCUCACCAUGCUGCAGGUCGUCUCCAACAUGGCGUACCAGGCGCUCGAGAACGGCGGGUUCCUGGCCGCCAAGGGCGUCGUGUCGAAGAAGUUCAUCGACCGCUGGGGCGGCAUCGACAAAUGGUACUUGUGGAGCAUCCGCGCCUGGUUCGGCCACAUCUUCCUGCAGUUCUUUGUGCUGUGGCGGCAGUUUGUGCUGCGCCAGCGGGCGGCGGCGGCGACAGGGGAGAAGAGUGCGGCUGAGAAGGAGGCCGAGGUGAAGGCCGAGGUGCGGGCCUGGCGCAAGGCUCUUGUGAAUAAUGUCUGCUGGGCGCCGCUGUGUCUUCACUGGUGCUUUGAGAAGGGGAUUGGGUUCCCGGACAGUUUGUCCGGCGUGGUGAGCUUCAUGGCUGGUGCCUGGGGCGUGUAUGAUUUGUGGGCUGCGACGGCGUAG